AUGUCAUCCGUUCCUUCCCUUCCUCGUCCGAGCCGCCUGCAGACAAGAGCUUCCUCCAGGGCUACGGCCAAAGCAGCGUCACCAUCUAUCAGCACUUCAUCUCCAGCGGCAGAAGGAGCAGCUGUAGCAUGGGCCGACUCCUCUGAGGAGUUAGACACCCACCGUGAGUCUCCACCACAGACCCCUCUUGACUGGGCCGAAGUCAUCAUUGGUGUUGUUAAGAAUGUUCUAGCUAUGGAGAAUAAAUAUCUGAGUAAUGCCAAAGCCGAGGCCAUACUAGGUGCCGUUGACAAUAUCAAAAAUGGCUAUACUCGCAUCUUGGAACAGAACAUCUCCCUCAAGGAUCAACUGAGUGCCCUGCUGUCCGGUACACCUACAGUCACUGCUCCACCACCUCCGAGUAAGACCAUCAUCGUGAGACCCUCGGCACUAGCUCAAGACCCUGUCUUGAAAAAGAACUCCAUCGCAGACCUUCAGAAAACUCUUGGCAGUACCAUCAGGGACAAGGCCAUUACCGUGGAUACCAUAACUACUAGGCGUAAUGACAUCGCUAUCAAAAUUCCUGACACUGCCGACUCUGAUGAUAUCAUCAAUACUAUUAACGCUUCCAUCUCCAACUCUGGGCAAGCCUCACUAUCUCGCAAGCUGCAACCUGAGAUUAUGGUUUCCUUGGCUGGCACCUCUGAUAUCACUGCUGAUAAGAUCUUGCAAGAGGUUCCGAAUUACAUGCCGAGUGCUCGUAUCACUGAAUGGAAGAUCAUCAGGUCUAAUGCCAAGGCCAUUACCCUACGGCUACCAGCGGUGGAUCGAGACCGCAUCAUUCGUGAUGGCUUUAUCGUCAUUAAUUCUCUAAGACUCCGCUGUAGAGAUGUUAUUGGUGUCAGAGCAUGUUUUACAUGCGGCUCAUGCCACAACCAAUCGUCGCCAUGCCGGGACAAGAAAAUGUGCCUCACCUGCGGUGGAUCUCACGAGAUGAGGGACUGUCCCAACAAGGACAAACCUCUCGACACCAAACGGUGCAGCCUUUGUAACGGCGUGGGUCAUAACUUCCAUGAAGGACCACCUUGCAAGGUCAAACUCAACCAUAUGAGGGAGAAGUACCUCCGUACGGAGCGUCUUCCCGGUGGACCGGCUUACAAUGGCCCUUUCGCUGAGCUACUAUGA